AUGCCCUUGACACAAUUUCCUUACCGCUCCCCGAAGAGCGAGGCGAGUCCGGACUCGGCCGGCCCCAUCUACAAAUCUUCGUCGAUAUCGUCCCCCGAAGACCAGUGCCCGUCGUCCAAGUUAAAUGGCCGCAAGCGGAAAUCCUCCGUCGAGGUAGACGACGAUGACGAUGACGAUCUCGAUUCCCACCAGCCGGUCAAGAAGACGGCCCACAACAUGAUCGAGAAGAGGUACCGCACCAACCUCAACGACAAGAUAGCCGCUCUGCGAGAUAGCGUGCCGAGUCUGCGCAUCAUGUCGAAGAGCGCGAGAGGUGAAGAUACGACAGAGGACAGGGAGGAACUACACGGCUUAACACCCGCGCACAAGCUAAACAAGGCAACGGUCCUAAGUAAAGCCACCGAGUAUAUCCGACACCUGGAGAAGAGGAACAUGCGGCUGAUUGACCAGAACUCGGCGAUGCAGCAGCGGAUAGCAGCCUUCGAGAAGUUGUUCAUGGCCGGUGCGAUGAAUGGUGCCGUGAGCCCGCUGCAGCAAGGUCCCCCGCCAACGCCUAUACAAUACACGACAGACGCCAACAGCUACGCGAACGUCAUGGGUGCACCAGGCCGACCCGAUCCGCAGGGCAUGAUUCAGGUGCCCGACGAAAUGAAACGUAUAUUGGCUGCCCAGAUGGCCACGAACCAGCCCUACCCCGUGCCGCCGCAACAGUACCGGGGAGCGAAUCCUAACCUUAUACGUCAACAGCAAAUACAACCGCAGCAUCACAUGCAGGCGAGAGGUUGGCAGAACGCAGGCCCUUACUUCGGCAAGCUGAUGGUCGGCUCGUUAGCAGGGUUGAUGCUUCUGGAGGCGGUGCGAGAGAGUGAGCAGAGCAACGAGACGCCCGAGGGUCGCGGCCUUUUCGCCCUCCCCGUACAUCUUCUCAGGCUGCUCACGUCGUCGACGAGCAUCAACCUGCUGGGAUACCACAUCCACGGCGCACAGGUAUUCUAUUCGCUCAAAAUCCUCCUGCUGCUCUGCUGUCUGUGGUGGGCGAUAAUCCCUUCGCUUAUGGAUCGUAAACCCUCGGCUGCGACACCGCCUAAACCACAACGGCCAGCUUCCCUAAACCCGGUGCCGUCCCUGGCAUCGCCCAUUCACGUCCGUCGCCAAGCCUGGCUCACAGCCAUCCAGACCGUCUGGGUCCCGCGUCACAAUUUCUUCCUCGAAGCCGCGGCGCUCGGCCUGAAGACGCUAAAAUUAAGCCUCAGGAAUCUCAUCGGCAUUACUGGGUACCAGUUGCUAACGGGCCUUACUGAGGACCAAGAAAUCGCUCGCGUCAAGGCCUGGACGAUAGCGCUAGACGCCCAGCUCGCGGGAGGCGAUAUCGAGAUCAGCAAGAGCCGGUUGACACUAACUCUCCUCGCGUCGGGGACGCUCCCCACCACCCCGUUGCGACUGAUGCUGAAGGCCCUCCAUAUCCGUGUCCUGCUGUGGGAAGUCGGUCUCUCCGACAUGCAGUUCGGCAUCCUGAACGCCUUCGCGUCGAAGCUGGCGAGGUCGUUGUGGGAAGAGGCGCAGCAGCUACAUCGAAUACUGGCACAGCUCCGCCGCAUCGGCCAGGAAGAUACCGAAGACGACCUGCCCGAUCAUCUAGCUGCCCUGCUCGAACAGGACUGCGACAUGGUUCUAAACCCGAGCAUCGUGCAGAGAGCCCACAACCUCGCCUGGAAUCGCCCGACCGACCACAACGUGAUCGGAAUCACCGAUGGUAUGGACACAGUGGUAGAGGACCUCGCAGUACGCUCGCCGAUGGACGCCGUCGCGGCGUGGUGGUCUAACAUGAUGCUGCAAGGCGCGCUGACGAACAGCCUGCUGAUUCCGGAGGAGAACGGCGCGGAGAUACGUAGGUCGAUCGAGAACGAUAUAUCGCUGGCCAUCCGGACGGCUCCGAUCGGUUGCAUCGCCCAAAACCGUGCCCUCGUCGCCCGCGCGCUGCUGUUCGAGGAGAAGCGCAACGUGAACAUCAUGUCAGCGCUGCAUGCUAUCGGCCCUGUGACAUCGGUCCUGUCGUCGAGCAACCGCUCGAGAAGAUCCUACGCCCGCGCCCCGUCGUCCUCCAACCCGACCAAGGUGGCCCCGUCUCUAUUCCUCACAACCAAGGAAAUGCGUACUUCGCUCCUGUGUGCGAUGGCCAUCGCACACCUCCAAAAAUUCUCCCCUCCCGAGGAACCGGUCGACAUCUACAGCGUGAUCGAGCAGAUCCAUCCCAUAAGCGACAUGGGACUGCUCGGCUACACCGCCACUUUCAAACUGAUGGAUCGCCUAGCCAAUCACGAAUUUGCCGCUGAAGCAUGUGCCGACACGCUCGAGCGGCUCGCGGGCACGUUGCGGAUCUGGACCGGCAAGGAGUGCGGGCUGGCGUCGGAAAUCAGGCAUAAGAUAGUGAAUCGAUGCUUGAUCGUCACCCGUGGCGUAGUGGGUAUGGGCCUUGACACGGAUACCGGCUACGGCAGUAGUGAGUAG